UACCAUCAAGAAAUGAAAAUAUGAGAAGCUUGAGAAGCUCGCUUUCAUUUUCCAUGGCCAAAAAACACCAAGAGCAAAUCACUAAGCCUUGUUGUUGAGGCCAUCUCCCCAGGGAAUCACCAUCCAUUGAUUUUCUUUAAAAAUACAAAGAUUGACUCUUUCCGUUCCUCUUCGCUUGGCUUCGAGAGAUAUGAUCCAGUACACCCUCCGGCGAAGAGUUCACCGUCGCGUUUUAGUUCUCCGCCGUUGCAUUCGACACGUUAUGGAUAGGAUUCUUACUUGCUGUUUAGGAAAGCCGGUUCACUACCGGAUGCUGCCGAUUUCGGUUAUGACUCCUCCUUCCGGCUCUCUCGCCAUCCCCGACACACCUGUGCCGGCUGUCCGGCGUCAGAAGUCGUUGCCCGUUACCAGUGGACGGGAAAGCGUCGACUCCAACCUCGUCUCGUUGAAGAUUAGUCUGUUGGGGGAUAGCCAAAUCGGCAAGACGAGCUUUUUGGUAAAGUACGUAGGAGAUGAUGAGAAAGCAGAAGGGGAGCCACAGACCACAGGAUUAAAUUUCAUGGACAAAACUCUAAUGGUCAGAGACGCUCGGAUUUCGUAUAGUAUUUGGGAAGUUGGAGAUGAUAGGAAAUCCCAGGACAAUUUUCACGUUGCUUGCAAGGAUUCCGUAGCAAUUUUGUUCAUGUUCGACUUGACAAGUCGGGUUACGUUGAAUAGUAUUCCAACAUGGUAUAACCGAUCGAGGAAAUGGAAUCAGACGGCAAUCCCAAUAUUGAUAGGAACAAAGUUCGAUGACUUCAUCCAGCUCCCAUUAGAUUUGCAAUGGGCAAUCGCAAGUCAGGCAAGAGCUUAUGCAAAGGCACUCAACGCAACACUCUUCUUUUCAAGUGCAACCUACAACAUAAACGUGAACAAGAUCUUCAAAUUCAUUACAGCCAAGCUCUUCGACUUGCCGUGGACCGUGGAGCGAAAUCUGACCAUCGGAGAGCCGAUUAUUGAUUUCUAGUCCCUGUACUUUUGUAGAUAGCAGGUUCUCUCUAACCACAGAAAUCGUAAGCAGUAAACCGGCUCCCGGAAUUUUCACAGUUUUUCAGUUUGAUGACGGUUUGAGAUCCUUUUAAAGUUCUUGGAGACAGGAGAGGCGAAGAGCCCACUUCUCCAAACACGAAUUAAGUCAUUUUUUGAGAAUUCAUACACCAAAUCAAAUGACAAUGAAAAGCAUGCAAUGCGAUUUAUAUUCAUCAUCGAUGCAUUUUCCUACAAUGCAGUACAUAUUCAUCAUCAUGCACAUCAAAGUUUAGUU